UCCAGUGUGCAGGUAACGGCGCGGUCAUGGUCGGCUCACGGGGGCUCACAGACUCGCUGCACUUCACGGCUCUCUUGUUGCUGGCGGGACUAUGCGGCUGGCCCGGGAAGUGCUGUGGAAGUUCGGGUACGGUGCUGCCUGAGACGCUACUGUUUAUAUCAACUCUGGAUGGAAGCUUACAUGCUGUCAGCAAACAGACAGGUUCAAUCAAAUGGACCCUGAAAGAAGAUCCUGUGCUUCAAGUGCCUAUUCAUCUAACCGAGCCGGCAUUUCUUCCUGAUCCAAAUGAUGGCAGCCUUUAUACACUGGGAGGGAAGAACAAUGAAGGACUGACUAAGCUUCCAUUCACAAUUCCUGAGUUGGUUCAGGCAUCGCCUUGCCGAAGUUCUGAUGGUAUACUGUACAUGGGAAAAAAGCAGGAUAUCUGGUACGUUGUGGACCCGAUAACUGGUGUAAAGCAGCAGACUUUAACAGCUUCUUUUGCAGAGAGCAUGUGUCCAUCAACACCCCUGCUAUACCUCGGACGUACAGAGUACACGAUCACCAUGUACGACACUAAGAACCGAGAGCUGCGAUGGAAUGCCACCUACUUUGAUUAUUCUGCUACCCUACCGGAUGAAGACACGGAAUACAAAAUGCUACACUUUGUCUCCAACGGAGAUGGCCUGGUGGUGACUGUGGACAGUGAGUCGGGUGACAUUCUGUGGAUUCAGAAUUACGCGUCUCCCGUGGUGGCUGUGUACAUCUGGCAGAGGGAAGGACUGAGGAAGGUGAUGCACACCAAUGUUGGCAUCGAGACACUUCGCUACCUCACCUUCAUGUCAGGAGAGGUGGGCCGAAUCACAAAGUGGAAAUAUCCCUUUCCAAAGGAGACGGAGACCAAACAAAAGCUGAUGCCGACUCUUUAUGUGGGAAAAUACUCCGCCAGCUUGUAUGCCUCAUCAUCUUUGGUCCACGAAGGAGUGGCUGUUGUGCCACGAGGCAGUGCAUUCCCGUUGCUUGAAGGUCCUAAAGCAGAACAUGUUACGAUCACAGGUCACGGAGAGUGUGAUACCACUCCCAGCAUUGACGUGAAAUUCACAUCCGGAGUCAAAAGCACAAUUGAUUACCUGCGGAACCAGUGGUUUCUGAUAGGUCAUCAUGAAAUGCCCCUGGCAGCUCAAACCAAGAUUCUUAAUGACUUUCCUGAAAAUGUACAGAAAAUUCCAGAUGAUAUCAUCACCACCAACCCACAGAACGACCUGUUUGAAGAUCGCUUCCCAAGCAUUGAUGAAGUUGCGGAGGACUUCGACAUUCUUAACGAUCUGAAAGAAAAAUAUAGCAAAUCGCAGCCCAAGCAUGAAGCUCCUGUGGAUUCAGUGUUGAAAGAUAUGGCCACUAUCGUCUUCAGUACCUUUCUACUGGCCGGAUGGGUGGCUUUUGUCAUCACCUACCCUAAGACUGUACAGCAGCAACAACAGCGGCAGCACGAACAGUUUCAGAGACACCUGGAGGAAAGGCUCGAGCUCAUGCAGAAACGGCAGAUCGUUUUCCGCCCUCCACUCCUGGGUCCAGAGUCUGAAUUCAUGGAAGCACCUAGACUGAGGACAGAUAGCUCCAGCACCAACACGCCGAACGCAUCCCCGAGAGUAUCCAACCAUUCAAUGUACUCAAACCAUUCCAUCUCUGAGUUUGGCAGCUCGGCCACGGAACAAGAGGAUGCAGAUGAUGAUUCUAAUAUUGUGAGAGUUGGGAAGAUAGUGUUUCAUCCAAAGGAUGUCCUGGGACAUGGUGCCGAAGGAACUAUCGUGUUUAAAGGCAAGUUUGAUGACCGAUACGUGGCAGUGAAGAGGAUUUUGCCCGAGUGCUUCAGCUUCGCAGACAGGGAGGUGCAGCUCCUUCGAGAAUCUGACGAGCACCCGAACGUCAUCCGUUACUUCUGCACCGAGAAGGACCGUCAGUUCCAAUACAUAGCCACCGAGUUGUGCACGGCCACUCUUCAAGAGUAUGUUGAACAGAAGGACUUUGAUCGCCACGGUUUGGAGCCCAUAAUUCUACUUCAACAAACCACGUCUGGUCUGGCUUAUUUACACUCUCUCAAUAUCGUCCACAGAGAUUUAAAGCCACACAACAUACUGAUCUCCAUGCCCAAUGCCCACGGGAGAGUGAAGGCCAUGAUCUCCGACUUUGGUCUCUGCAAGAAGCUGGCAGUGGGCAGGCACAGUUUCAGCCGCAGGUCAGGGGUACCAGGCACUGAGGGCUGGAUCGCUCCAGAGGUGCUGAAUGAAGACUGCAAAGCAAAUCCGACAUGUGUGGUGGAUAUUUUCUCCGCUGGCUGUGUGUUCUAUUAUGUGAUUUCAGAAGGGAGUCACCCUUUCGGAAAGGCCCUGCAGCGACAGGCCAAUAUCUUACUGGGUGUCAGCAACCUUCAGCAUUUAAAACCUGAUGUACAUGAUGAUAUUAUUGCUCGCGACUUAAUUCAAGAGAUGAUAAACGUGGACCCUCAAAAACGCCCCUCUGCCAAGCGUGUCCUGAAAAAUCCUUUCUUUUGGAGUCUCGAGAAGCAGCUUCAGUUUUUCCAGGAUGUCAGUGAUCGAAUAGAAAAGGAGCCUCUGGAUGGACCAAUAGUAAAGGAAUUGGAGAGAGGAGGGAGAGGUGUUGUUCAGGGUGACUGGAAACUUCAUAUCACUGUGCCUCUGCAGACAGAUCUCCGAAAAUUCCGGUCAUACAAAGGGAAUUCAGUGCGAGAUCUGCUACGUGCAAUGAGGAACAAGAAGCACCACUAUAGAGAAUUGCCUGAGGAUGUGCAGGAAACUCUGGGCUCAGUCCCGGAUGAGUUUGUUUGCUACUUCACUCUUCGUUUUCCCCAUCUGUUGCUCCACACAUAUCUGGCAAUGCAGAUCUGCAGCCAGGAAAGACUCUUUCAUCCAUACUACUACCAGGAAGCUGCAGAACCAAGGCAAUUAAUCCCGUUGGUCCCUGAUAACUUCCAAUAAACCAAGGGAUGGAAGGUUGAAAAGGGAAACUUUUCAAUUACAAAAAGCAUUCCAGCCACAGGGCCUUUUAAGGAUCAGCGUGGCAAGUAUAAAGAGACUACUUUGGGCAGAGUGACACUCGCAAAAUGAGGAUGUCGCCAAACUACUUUCAAGUGCCUAUGGAAGCUGUGCGUGAUCUGCAGGAUAAUCUGAGGCAGAAUGUAAACGUAGUUCUCCAGUGACUGGAUCUACUGUUUGACUGCCUCUGCAUUUUUAAUAUAAGAAAAUAUUUUCCUCACAGGAAGAAAAGAUUUUUUAAGAAAAGUCAUGGUGACAAAUACUGUUCUGGGCUAUCGUAUGUGUCAUUUCUUCAAAGUUCUAAUCUUUGAAAGUGGAUGCACAAACAAGUUUAAAUCCUGAAAUAUAAGCGUGUCUGCAGGUGACAGUCAUGUUUACUUGGUUAAGGCCACUUCUAAGGAUUUGAGUGGUUCCUACACCACCAUAGGUUAAUUUACCUGAAUUAAUAAGGCAGAUCAGCACCAUAUAGUGAUCCAUAACAUUUUCUGGUCCAUUGCUAUUGAAAUAAUGGUAACUUAAAUUCAUUUCCCAUAAACAGGGCAAUGAAUAUUGAGGCAGAAGGAGAUUGGAUAUCCACACAGAACAGUAAGCCCAUUGAAAGCUGUGCUUUCAGACCCCCAUGCCCCACCGAGCAGGGUUUUAUACUGGGGCAAUGUCCCUAUUUUAAAAGUUUUGAAUUUAUAGUUGUAUGUCUCUACAUUGUUUAUGUAAUUCUUUUUCAUCUUUAAGUCCAAAUACUGAUGCUAAUUUUCCAGGUUUUCACUGUAGAUGAACAACAGUAUUUUAACACAUGCAAGCAGCCUGUACUGCCUACAGGACUGUUUAAAUUGGGGCAAAAUACACCAAAGGCUGGAUUAUCUGUUAUCUGUCCUCUGCCUAAUGUAGAACAAGGUAGCUACAUUGUGCAGGAAUGUCAAGGAAACAGUGAUGGCAUGUGGAGAGCAAAUGGAUCAGUUGCUGUUGCAUUUUUUUCCCCAGGUUAACUGUUGUUUUUACAAAAAAAACUUUACUAAAUCAUUUUGCCUUCCUAUUUCCUUAUUUUAUUCCCCUGCCCCUCACAGCUCCUGUGUAUUGAUUCUCAUCUGAGAUGGCACAUGGUAGUUCAGGUCAUCGGGGAGGGGUAGUGCAAAGAUAUGUCCUAUCCUUUGUGUAAAGUUCUCCAUCCUGUGCUAUAGGUACCUGGUCUCCCUGGGAUUGUCGUAACAGAUCUGUAUUUGGCACUUACAAUGGAAAGUCAUUGUUUCACAAGACAGUGCAGUCUAUGUUUUCAUUAUCAGCAUAAUCGUUUAGUAUAUUGAUAAUUAAAAGCAGUAACUUAUUUAUUUAUUGGGGGGGUAUCUUUAUAUCUGAUGAGUAAAAGGUUUGUCUUUUCAGCGUUUAAUGUACAGAGCUGAUUUUAGAGCGUGUUUUUUUUUCUGCUUUGGUUUUGUAAGAUGUUUCUGCCAAGUGUUAAUUUUGUGUUGGUUUGUUUUGAAAAAUAAUGUGAAAAUAACCAGCAAUGCCUUCACAAUCAUAGAGUAUGUGAAAUAUGAUUAAGUUUUGUUCUUUUCUAUUUUGGCGGUUGCACUAAAAGAUUUAAUCUGUCAUUAAUGGUUCAUAUGAAGCAGUUCCAUUGUCGUUUAAUUUUGUUAUGUACAUACUGGAUUGGUAAGUACGUAGAAUUGUGAUUUAAGCACUUGAGGUGCACAUUCAAGUUCUACUUGUUCCACAGCACUGGAGUUCUCCCAUUGUUGUUCAAAGUGAAAAUCUUCCUCACACAUAUGUCAUCAACAUCAUCUUCACCACAGUGACAUUUAAAAAAAACAUUUCAAUUCUGACCAAACAGUUUUUGUCAACUUUUCUGUAAGUGAACUUCAGAUGCUGAUCAGCCAUGAACUGGGCAGCUCCUGAUCCUGUGUGAAAUGCCAAAGGCCCAUUAGCUUGUUCUAGCCCACCUACACUGUCAGAUCACUGCUGUACGCAUCCACACUGAUCCUUAAAUGCAAGGCAUUUACAAAUGUUUGUAGUUCACAAGGCAAAUACUCUCAUUCUUUUUCAAAAUGCAAGAUUAAUUGAAACUGCAUCCUUUGCUUUUAGAAAUUGACCUGUAAAGUGUUGUUCUGCAAACUGCUGAUUCACUCUUAGAUUCCCCCUGUAGUAAACUAUUUCUGGGACAACCAGCCAUUUGUAAAAGAUUGCUAUAUUUGUACAUGAUGGCUUUAGUGAUAAAAUACAGGAUUUAAUAAUGGCAUGCCUUAAUUUGCCCAUUAUGUGCCUUCUUGCACAAUAUUCCAUAAUGGUCCUGAAAUUGUUUUCUCCACCCUUGUUUCCAUUGGCAAGUCUGAGGAACUUGUGGACUUGUUUGUCAUUAAGAUUGAGACCAUAGAGUCUACUGACUCCCAUUGGCCAGACUUCCUUCAGUCCGUUUCUCUUACCUCUCUCCUGAUCUUUUUAUCCCAUUUUCACUAAGCGAACACCUGCCUCUCUCUCUGGCUUCCAUGGUGCCAAAUAUUGGCAACAUUUCUCUCUCAUUGGUAUUGUUGCCCUCUUUAAAUGUGACGUUAUUAUCCCUUUGCAAACUGAUUGCUUCUCCAAGUGCCUUCUCUCAAGUCCUUGAGUGUGCGGUGAUUUCUCAUAUCCAUUAGUAUCAUUCAUGAGCUCUGCUUGAAUUCUUCCAGUCAGUACAUUUCUGGUCCUGACAUACUGAAACAACUUUUUUUUUAUUAAACUCUGUAAUCAAGUCCUGAGUGUUUGACCGUGGUAGUCUGUGGUACCUUUUACUCUCAAACUAUCUGUAGCCUUUACAUGGUUGAUCAAACCAUCCUUCACAGUGUCCAGAGAAUUAUUCACAGUGGCUUCUCCUGUUUGCCAGUGUCCCCAAAGACCUGCCCUUGGAUACCCCAGUUGUCUCCUACAUCAGAACUUAGAAAAUACACUGGAGGCUCAAGUUGAGCUGCAUCGCCAGCACUCCACUGCAGAGUUCUUCGAUGAACAGAGGUAUCCUCUAAAAAAUGCUAUAAAAAUUGGGCAGUACAGUAGUGUAGCGGUUAGCACAACGCUUUACAGUACCCGUGACCGGGGUUCGAUUCCCACCGCUGCCUGUAAGGAGUUUGUACGUUCUCCCCGUGACUGCAUGGGUUUCCUCCAGGUGCUCCAGUUUCCUCCCACAGUCCAAAAAUGUACUGGUUGGUAGGCUAAUUGGUCGUUGUAAAUUGUCCUGUGAUUAGGCUGGGAUUAAAUCGGGGGUCGCUGAGUGGUGCGGCUGGACGGUUCGAAAGGGCCUAUUCCGCCCUGUAUCUCAAUAAAUAUAUAGAUAAAAUUGAUGUCAGUGUCUUUGGUCUUUGACUCGAACUUGACUGUUGGAUCAUAUUUUCCCCAGAGAUGAUUCUUGGUGCACACGGCCACAUUAUUCUAACAGCAUUGGACACAGCUCCUGUCUGCCCUCCUGCUGCCAAAGUCAUGUCAUUAUUACCAAGAGACAAGACUGUUGUUACAGUGUUUCUGUGAAUGAUUCCUGAACUGCCAUUGUCCCAUUACCCUGUGCUCAGGGACUACACUGGUCUCCCAUCACCUCAGUUUUAAAAUUCCCACCACGUUUUCAAACCUCCAGGGCCCCACUGUAUCUCGCGAUGAUCACCUCUUCCUUUUCAGAUUUUCUGAGUAUCCUCUAUUUUCAUUCUUUCCUAAACCCUUCUAUUCCUCAAACCUCACCUUAAAGGUUCCUUAAGCCAGUCUCUCUUGGCUUCCAUCAUCUUUCAUAAUUCCUCUUUCGUGUCUGUAGCAAAUUCUGUUCGUAAUAACUCUGUAGAGCAUCUUUUGACAUUUUGCACAGUAAAGGUGCUUUAAAAAAUUAAGCUGUUCCUGGAUACAUACUAAAAUCUAAAAACACGAGCUGCAGGAGGAACUCUGUGUCACACAGCUUCUGUGGUGGGAAAUGGACAGCCGUCGUUUCAGGUUGAGACCAUCGAUCAGUCCAGACCUGAAACUUUUGAUAGUUCCUUACCGUCUGCAGAUGUUGCCUGACCCACCGAAUUCCUCCAGCAGUUUAUUUCAGUCCUAAAAUUCCUCCAUCCUAAACAUGAAGCAUAAAUGAACUGCAAAUUGACCAUGGAAAUUAUUUGUCUUUAAAAUUACACCAGCACAAACUGCUUACUUAAAAUAAUUGACAUCCAAUUUCUCUAAAUUAAAGAGAUAUGGAGAUAUUCUACAAAAUGUUUCUUUUUCAUGUGGUAAGAUGAAGUGCUUCAAUUGGACAAAGGGUUUGUAGAAAAUGGAAUAAAAUUAGAGAUGAUCAUUGAUUUCCAGACAUGGUCCUGUGGUGCACAACGGCCUGGCAUAUGUUGUGGAAUUGACAGUAAGUACCAUGGGAAGAUGGUGUCAAAGGAGCUUAUGAGAGGAAAAAGACCAAGUACUGUACUCUGAACUGGCAACUGAAGCUGCCCAGAAUGGCUGGAAGACCAAGAUUUUCCCUGUAGAAGUGGGAUGCAGGGGAUUCGUUGCUGCAUCUACAACCAGUCUAUUGAAGAAGAUGGGGGUGAGGGGUCACUCCCUCCAACAACCAAUCAAGGCCUUGUCAAAUGCAGCAGAAGAAAGCAGCAAUUGGAUUUGGAUUAAAAGGAAAGACAACAACUGGGCUGCAAGAUGAAGACAGGAGGGUAUAGAACUGGGGGGGGGGUGUAUCUGGGACGCCAGGUAGCACCGUUGAGCCCUCUGGAGACGUCGUGGGUUUAUCAAUGGAACGUCAAAGAAGGAGGGUGCCCACCUGAUGACCCCGAUGAUGUACCUACCCUCCCUCCUUGUCACCACUCCAAACCCACUGCCAAUAUCAAGAGUGCUGUCUUACCAUAGGGAUUGAAACAUCAAGUCCUAGUAGCUCUACUAACAACUUGUCAUUGAUUAGCUAUUUACAGUCAUAGAACACUACAUCAGCCCCUUCAGCCCAUCUAGUCCAUGCCGAACCAUUUAAACUGCCUACUUCCAUCAACCUGCACUGGGAUCAUAGCCCUCCAUACCCCUACCAUCCACGUACCUAUCCAAACUUUUCUUAAACGUUGAAAUCGAGCUUGCAUGCACCACUUGCACUGGCAGCUCGUUCCACACUCUCAUGACCCUCUGAGUGAAGAAGUUCCCCUUAAACAUUUCACUUUCACCCACCCAACCUUAGUGGAAAAAGCUUGCUUGCGUUUACCCUCUCUAUACCCUUCAUAGCUUUAUAUCUCCCCGAUUUAGAUGGAGGGUAUAAUUGAUGAUAUUCAAUUUAAGCUUCUCAUGGCUUCAAGUAAUAAUUGAACAACCGUGCCUUUAAGCGGCUAACUUCAGGCAGUGAGAGAACUCCGUGGUCUGUUGACAGUUGAAUCCACAAGCUUAUCAAUCACCCAAGCAUAGGGGUGUGGUAACAACCAGUUAAAUCCUUUCAGAGUAACUGUUCAGUGAUGUUUCGUUGUGUGAAGAUUGCUGAUAAUAUGAAAUGUUUAUGAAAUUUGUAUCAGUUGCUGUGAGAGGGAGACGUAGCAAUUAAUAUAUAUUUAUAUUAUUGUGCGACUACAGUGAUAAAAGUACAAAUUUGAUCAAUAAAAAGUUACAUAACCUAGGUAUGUGUUUUGAUAUGAAUUGUGAAAAGCAUUAAUCAUUUUGGAGUGUGCAAGAAAUGAGCAAAAUCUACAGAUCAGAACUUUUUUUUACUGGAUUUGAAUUAUUUAUAAAUUGUCUUAGGCUUGCAGAGUUGCAAUGGUAAAUCAUGCUUUAAAAAACUGGGAAUGUAAUUUGUUUUUUUUAAAUCUGUUGCUCUGGGUUAAUGCAAUAAAAUACUGAAAUAUC